ACUAAGUGGAGGAAAAUCCUGCCAUCGGGAUGAUAUUGAUCACAUAGCACAACCGAGUGACACUUUGGGUUGGUAUUUUGGGGUUGUGUUUACAAAGUCAUAAGUACCUUGCAGAGCAUGACGAUCAGAGUGAUAAUUCAGAAAAUGGGCCAAAAUCUCCAUCAAAUUGUGUUACAGCACAUGGAUUGUUAGCAGAUGGUGGUUACUGAAGUUUGAGUCCGUUGACCCUCAGCUUUUGCCUCACAUAGCCAGACCCUCCAGAAGAGAUGAGACUCGCGUUUUGUGGUAACGACAAUGCCUCAGCCUACAACAUCAGUGCUGGUGUCCUCAGGAAUGUCUGCUUUGUGGAUGCCCUCAACUUGGUUCCUCAUGUCUUCCUGCUGUUUAUCACCUUCCCAAUUUUGUUCAUUGGCUGGGGAAGCCAGAGCUCCAAAGUUCAGAUUCACCACAAUACCUGGCUGCACUUCCCUGGGCACAACCUGCGGUGGAUCCUGACGUUCACCCUGCUGUUCGUGCACGUGUGUGAAAUAGCAGAGGGGAUUGUUUCUGACACACAAAUGAAAUCUCGCCACUUGCAUCUCUUCCUACCAGCUAUAAUGGGAUUUGUGGCUGCCACUGUAUCCAUAGUAUAUUACCAUAAUAUUGAAACAUCCAACUUUCCAAAGUUACUGCUGGCCCUGUUCCUUUAUUGGAUAAUGGCCUUUGUCACCAAAACCAUCAAGCUUGUCAGAUACUGCCAGGAUGGGGUGCCUUUUUCUCAACUGCGUUUCUGCAUCACUGGAAUCAUGGUCAUCCUCUAUGGGCUGCUGAUGGCUGUGGAGAUCAAUGUCAUCCGAGUCAGGAGGUACGUGUUUUUCUUGAACCCUCAGAAAGUAAAGCCUCCAGAGGAUCUGCAGGAUCUGGGGGUGAGGUUCCUGCAGCCAUUUGUCAAUUUGCUAUCAAAGGCAACUUAUUGGUGGAUGAACACUCUCAUUAUUUCUGCUCACAAGAAACCUGUGGACCUGAAGGCCAUUGGGAAGCUGCCAAUUGCAAUGAGAGCGCUGACAAAUUAUGUCUGUCUCAAAGAAGCCUAUGAGGAACAAAAGAAAAAGGUGGAGGACCAUCCCAACCGGAGUCCCUCCAUUUGGUUGGCCAUGUACAGCGCUUUUGGACGGCCAAUCCUGCUCAGCAGCACCUUCCGCUACCUGGCCGACCUGCUGGGCUUUGCUGGGCCACUCUGCAUUUCUGGCAUUGUCCAGGGCUUCCAGAAUACAACCAAUAAUACAAACACCACAGAAAAGGUGAAGGAUCCAUCAAACUCCUACCUUUCAUCGGAGGAAUUCCUCAGGAAUGUUUAUGUCUUGGCAGUCCUUCUCUUCCUGGCUCUUAUCCUGCAGAGGACAUUCCUGCAGGCCUCCUACUAUGUGACUACAGAGACUGGCAUCAACCUCCGGGGUGCCUUACUGGCAAUGAUAUAUAAUAAGAUCCUGAGGCUUUCUACAUCCAACUUGUCCAUGGGAGAGAUGACACUGGGACAAAUCAAUAACUUGGUUGCCAUAGAAACCAACCAAUUAAUGUGGUUCUUGUUCCUGUGCCCCAAUCUGUGGGCAAUGCCUGUUCAGAUAAUAAUGGGUGUGAUCCUCCUCUAUAACCUGCUGGGAGUGAGUGCCUUGGUUGGGGCUGCUGUCAUCGUGCUCUUAGCUCCCAUCCAGUACUUCAUAGCCACCAAGCUAGCUGAGGCUCAGAAGAGCACUCUUGACUAUUCUACUGAGAGAUUAAAGAAAACCAAUGAGAUACUCAAAGGCAUUAAGCUAUUAAAGCUUUAUGCCUGGGAGCACAUAUUUUGUAAAAGUGUGGAAGAAACGAGAAUGAAAGAGCUCACCAGUCUCAAAACCUUUGCGCUUCAUACAUCUCUUUCCAUUUUUAUGAAUGCAGCCAUACCAAUAGCAGCUGUUCUUGCAACCUUUGUGACUUAUGCAUACACCAGUGACAAGCCACUGCAGCCCGCCCAGGCAUUUGCAUCCCUGUCACUGUUCCACAUCCUGGUCACACCUCUGUUCCUCCUCUCCACAGUCGUUCGUUUUGCAGUCAAGGCCAUCGUGAGUGUACAGAAGCUGAAUGAGUUUCUCCUGAGUGAUGAGAUUGGAGAUGACAGCUGGAGAGGGGGGGACAGCUCUGUACCUUAUGAAUCCUGUAAGAAGCACACAGGACUUCACACCAAGGCCAUCAACAGGAGGCAACCCCUGAGGUAUCAGCUCGAGAGCUAUGAGCAGCCAGCCAGGAAGCAGACACGGCCCGUGGAGAUCGAUGAUGUGGCCAUUAAGGUGACCAAUGGAUACUUUUCAUGGGGAAGUGGUUUAGCUACACUGUCCAACAUAAACAUUAGAAUUCCAACAGGUCAAAUGACAAUGAUUGUGGGCCAAGUUGGCUGUGGCAAGUCUUCACUUCUGCUUGCUAUACUGGGAGAGAUGCAGACCCUGGAGGGAAAAGUUCACUGGAGCAAACUGCCUGGCAGACAGAUGAAUACAGAAGGAGACUUCAGUAGGAACAGGUACUCCGUGGCUUAUGCAGCUCAGAAGCCGUGGCUGCUCAAUGCCACCGUGGAGGAGAACAUCAUCUUUGGCAGCCCCUUUAAUAAGCAGAGGUACAAGGCUGUUACAGAUGCCUGUUCUCUGCAGCCUGACAUUGACUUACUGCCAUUUGGUGACCAGACAGAAAUUGGAGAAAGGGGGAUUAAUUUAAGUGGAGGCCAACGACAGAGAAUCUGUGUAGCUCGAGCGCUCUACCAGAACACCAACAUUGUCUUCUUGGAUGACCCAUUCUCUGCGCUGGACAUUCACUUAAGCGAUCACUUAAUGCAGGAAGGAAUUUUGAAGUUUCUGCAAGAAGACAAGAGGACUCUUGUUCUGGUGACACAUAAAUUACAAUAUCUGCCACAUGCUGACUGGAUCAUAGCAAUGAAGGAUGGAAUGGUGCUUAGAGAAGGGACACUAAAAGAUAUCCAAAACAAGGAUGUUGAGCUAUAUGAACACUGGAAAACUCUGAUGAAUCGCCAAGAUCAAGAGUUGGAAAAGGAUAUGGAAGCUGACCAGACAACUCUUGAGAGAAAAACCCUUAGAAGGGCCAUGUACCCCAGAGAAUCCAAGUCACAACUGGAAGAUGAAGAUGAAGAGGAGGAAGAGGAAGAAGAUGAAGAUGAUAACAUGUCAACUGUCUUGAGGCUCAGGACAAAGAUGCCAUGGAAAACCUGUUGGAGAUAUCUAACCUCUGGAGGAUUUUUUUUACUCUUUCUGAUGAUUUUCUCCAAGCUGUUGAAACACUCAGUUAUUGUGGCCAUAGAUUACUGGCUUGCUACAUGGACAUCCAUGGACAAUGCAAAUGAAGCCAGGAAUGCUGAUGAGGAUAAGAGCAAAGAGAAGACUUAUCAUGUAGCUGUCUUCAGCAUCCUCUCUGGAGCUGGGAUUGUCCUUUGCCUCAUCACAUCCCUGACUGUGGAGUGGAUGGGCCUCACAGCAGCCAAGAACCUGCACCAUAAUCUCCUCAACAAGAUCAUCCUUGGGCCAAUCAGGUUCUUUGACAUGACUCCGCUGGGGCUAAUUCUGAAUCGCUUCUCUGCUGAUACAAAUAUCAUUGAUCAGCACAUCCCUCCCACACUGGAGUCUCUGACCAGAUCCACCUUGCUCUGCCUGUCAGCCAUUGGGAUGAUCUCCUAUGCCACUCCAUGGUUCCUUGUAGCCCUCGUGCCCCUGGGCAUAGCAUUUUAUUUCAUCCAGAAAUACUUCAGGGUUGCUUCCAAGGACCUCCAGGAACUUGAUGACAGCACCCAGCUCCCUCUGCUGUGUCACUUCUCUGAGACAGCUGAAGGCCUUACCACCAUCAGAGCAUUCGGGCACGAAGCCAGAUUUAAACAACGUAUGCUGGAGCUGACGGACACAAACAACAUUGCCUACUUAUUUCUGUCAGCUGCCAACAGAUGGCUGGAGGUCAGGACGGAUUAUCUGGGUGCUUGUAUUGUCCUGACUGCUGCUGUCACUUCCAUCACUGAAGGGCCACACUCGGGGUUCGUGGGGCUGGGUCUCCUGUAUGCUCUGACGAUAACCAACUACUUGAACUGGGUAGUGAGGAAUCUGGCUGAUCUGGAAGUGCAGAUGGGCGCAGUGAAAAAAGUACACAGCUUCCUGAACAUGGAGUCGGAGAACUAUGAAGGCUACCUGGAUCCCUCUCAAGUCCCCAAAGACUGGCCCCAGGAGGGGGAAAUCAAGAUUGAAAAUUUGUGUGUUCGCUAUGAAAACAACCUGAAGCCUGUUCUGAAGCAUGUGAAGGCCUAUAUCAAACCAGGACAAAAGGUUGGGAUCUGUGGUCGCACUGGUAGCGGCAAAUCCUCCCUGUCCUUGGCGUUCUUCAGAAUGGUGGACAUUUUUGAUGGGAGGAUAGUGAUUGAUGGGAUAGACAUCAGCAAAUUGCCUCUGCACACGCUCCGGUCCCGGCUCUCCAUCAUUCUGCAGGACCCAAUCCUGUUCAGUGGCUCCAUCCGCUUUAAUUUGGAUCCCGAAUGCAAGUGCACCGAUGACAGACUCUGGGAAGCUCUGGAGAUUGCUCAGUUGAAGAACAUGGUCAAGUCAUUGCCAGGAGGCCUUGAUGCCAUGGUCACAGAAGGAGGGGAAAACUUCAGUGUGGGGCAAAGGCAGCUCUUCUGUCUGGCCCGAGCCUUUGUCCGCAAGAGCAGCAUCCUCAUCAUGGAUGAAGCCACAGCAUCUAUUGACAUGGCCACAGAAAACAUCUUGCAGAAGGUUGUGAUGACUGCCUUUGCCGACCGCACUGUUGUUACAAUAGCGCACCGGGUUCACACCAUCCUCACUGCAGACCUGGUCAUCGUCAUGAAGCGAGGGAACAUUCUGGAAUACGAUACUCCUGAGAACCUGCUUUCCCAGGAAGAUGGCAUCUUCGCUUCCUUUGUCCGGGCUGACAUGUGAACAGCCACACAGUGCAUUUUAACAGCUUAUUUUUAAACAGAUGAAAUGCAAAUAUUUUCUACUCAGUGUAACAUCACUUUUACCUUUUUUGUUUUGUUUUGUUUUGUUUUGUUUUGUUUUGUUUUGUUUUGUAGAGCUUCUUUCUUCACACUUCCAUCUUUGAAAAUAAUAAAGCCUAUUGCAAUAUAUGUAUGCCUUGAAGCAAUAAAAAUGUCACUUUAUUCAAAGCUAUUAAACUUCACACACACACCCACACCCACACAUGCACACACAGAGGAAGAAGUUUUUACUUCCUGAGAAUUUGUCAUUUUCCUUAGACUUUUUAUUGACUUUAUUUUUGUUUAAAGAGAGAAAAAGAAUGCACUGAUCUUAUAAACUGCGUAUGUUAUGCUGGAACCAGCAAACAAAUCGUGCAGUUUGUCAAGGAAGCAAGAGGUUCCCCAGAUGCAUUCUGUCCCCAGAGGGAAAAAUUAGGAAAAACAUCCAAGCCCAUAACACUUGGGUAAAUCUGCUGCAUUCCAAAGGCAUAAACUUUGCUCUCCAAGUUGUAGCAGAGGGGCAGUGAAUAAGGGAAAGGAAUUUCAUCAGGAAUAAGAGCAUUCUUCCUGUUCUUCACUUUAGUAAGCACACUUUAGUCAUGACAGAACUAUUUUCAGUGCAACAAUGGUUUAUUCAUACACUCAGUUCCUAAAUCCAUAUUCAUUCU